AGGACACGUGACUGAGUGCGGAAGAGGUCGCGCGCUGUAUGUUGAUCAGUCUAUCGCGUUGACCCGUAAACAAGCUGACGCGAGUUAAACAACUCAGAUAUCUUUACUAUCUUUACCAGUUUAGCCCACAGUCAAACAUCACAGUCUUUAACCAGCAGGUAUCAGACUGUGAGUGAAGAUGAGAAGGUUUUGGUCUGAUCUCGAGACGCUGAUGUGAUGACUCUCGUCUGUCUGCUGGACUGCUGUAUGCUGCAUGUGUGGCACAGACCUGGACGACGGGCAUCAGUCUCUCUCUCUGUUUACCCGUUGAGGAAGCCGUUAUGUCGUCUGUACAUCAAAACAUCGUCGUCCUGCACAGAGAGACUCACGCCAGGCCGGAGGUUCUGCUUCUGUAGGUUUCGGGUCGAGCCCUACACCAACAUCUCCAACUUCAGCACAACGGUGUACCGUGGGUCAACAGACCUGAGAUAUGGCAUGUCGCGUCUGCGGAGCACUUUAGAUUUAGUCUCGAAAGCGGUGAGCGGGACCCAACUGGACAUUCGGUCUCGAAUCGCCCGACUCAAACCGAGCAGCAAUCAAGAGGCCGAGACUCAGGAAGAAAAUCCAGAAACCCUGUCAGGUAAAGAGCAGGAGAGAUUGUCAACCUUAACUCCACCUCCUAAUUUACCCUUGACUCCGCCCACUGCCACAACAACUGAAACUCUGAUAAGGAAAAAGCUUGAAGUGACAGCCGCCUGUCACAGCACCAAUAAUGUAAGCGUGACCUCACAGACCACGAAACCUCAGGAUAAAACUGCAGCUCCGCCUACAAACUCUGUCACAACUCAACAGACCACACCCCUUUUUCACCCAGGCUCCCUCAGCAUUGACCUGGGCGAGACCUACAGUUACCUGUCUCAUCAUAUCAACUCUUACUUUGGCAGCUUUAUUAAAACAGAAGAGAAGAAAUCUGUGCACGCCGAUCUGACACGACAACAUGAAAACGAUCAAAGUCCUCUUAAAGAGCGACAGCUAUCAAAGAACGAACCCUCAACCCCAAAUUCAGCUUUCACUGUCAGUAAAGGGCUCGGGAAUUACUUUACCCACUCGACGCCGAGCAUCCAAACGUUUGUGGGAAACUACAUCACCCCGCUGGUUCCCAGGUUCAGAAAUGAAGCUAAAGUGAAUGCAAACGAAUGCUCUUCUGCUGAAAACAGCAGCAGUAAACCGAAGGAAACAUCAGCGAGUAAAGAUCAGCGAGACCCAGAUGAGAGAGCCAAACGUCUGCUGCUCCAGAGAGAGAAGAUCAUUGCUCGGGUAAGUGUGGAUAAUCGAACUCGGGCUCUGGUCCAGGCUCUUCACCGGGCAUCAGACGUGCGACUCUACAUCAGUAGGGUUGAGGAACUUAGUCUUCAUCUGCUGAAGUUUCCAGAAACACGAUCUGUAGCCGUCAAGGAGAAGGUCAUACCGUGUCUGCUCCGCUUGCGUCAGGCGAGCGAUGUGUCCCUGAAGGCCGCUGUGAGGGAGGCUUUGGCUCUGGUGGGCUACAUCGAGCCGGUGAAGAAAAGAGGCAUCCGCAUCUUGUCCAUUGAUGGAGGAGGAACCAGGGGUCUGAUGGCUCUUCAGGCUCUAAACAGACUUGAGGAGCUAUCAGGACGACCCAUAUACCAACUGUUUGACUACAUCUGUGGUGUUAGUACCGGUGCUAUAUUGGGCUUCAUGCUGGGAGUCUUUCAGAUGCCUGUGAAGGAGUGUGAGGAUCUCUACAGGAAGUUAAGCUCUGAUGUCUUCAAACAGAACGUGAUUGUAGGAACGGUGAAGAUGGGCUGGAGUCACGCCUUCUACGACAGCGAGAUCUGGGAAAAAGUUCUCAAGGAGAAAAUGGGCUCAGAUCUCCUCAUUGAAUCAUCACGUAACCCCGACUGCCCAAAAGUGGCGGCGGUGAGCACCGUGGGAAACAAAGGGCCACCAGUAAAGGCCUACGUCUUCAGGAACUACAUCCUGCCGCCCGGGGUGCGCUCGCAUUACCGUGGCGGCUGCAAGCACAAGAUGUGGGAGGCGAUCCGAGCGUCAUCUGCCGCUCCGGGGUAUUUCCAAGAGUUUGCGCUGGGAAACGACCUACAUCAGGACGGAGGUUUGCUGAUCAAUAACCCCACAGCUCUGGCCAUUCAUGAGUGUCAGUGUCUGUGGCCGGGUGUCCCGCUGCAGUGUGUCGUAUCUUUAGGAACCGGACGCUUUGAGACCUCUGGCAGGAACAGCAUCACGUACACCAGUCUCAAAACUAAACUUACAAACGUCAUCAGCAGCGCCACAGACACUGAGGAAGUUCACACAAUGCUGGAUGCUCUUCUCCCUCCACACACGUACUUUAGGUUUAACCCGUACAUGAGCGAGGAGGUUCCUCUGGACGAGAGCAGACAUGAGAAACUUCAGCAGAUGCAAACCGAAGGGCUACGAUAUCUGGAGCGAAACCAUGAGAAACUCAAACGAGCUGUGAAUGAGCUGAUGAGAGACAAGAGCUCUGUACAGAGACUGACCGAGUGGAUUCAACUCAAAGCACACAUGUACGAGGGUUUGUACAAACAAUAGGAUGAAAAAAAUACUUUCCUCAAUGCCCUUCUGUCAUCUGGGUAACAAAACAUUCAGUGCCAAAAUCUACAAUCACCAACAGACUCAAUAUCUAGAAUGAAUAGAGUUUUACUUCAGACGAAUCUUUCCAGUAAAGAGAGAUUCACGUUAUUCAAAUAAACUCAAGGGGGCCAAAGAGGAUUUAUUAGAUCAUUUUCAUUGUAAAUUACCUGUUGACAUACUAAAACUAGAGUAAAAGGGGACCCCCUCUCCCCCUUAAAAAAAUUAUCUGUCAUUGACACAAACUUAUGUUUUGUGUUUUACACACAAACGUAAGAUACAGACAAACUCAGUCACCAUUAAUUUUCACUAUAUCUUUCUUCUAUAAUGGUCUAUAUUGCUGAUUUAUACUGACAGAUUUUUUAACUGAUAUGAAUUAUCAGUCCUUAUUAAUUUAUCAUUAAGCAGUAUUUAUACUUUCUCAAACUUAAAGUAAAAACAGACAGGUCAAAACAUAAUAUCAUGUAGACAACAUGGGCAUCUGUUAAAUCAUUUGUGACUUAUAUGUUUUCUAUAGUUGAAAAUACAUAAAAUAAGCUCUAAUAAUAAGUUGAGUUUUUAAUACAAAUGCUAAUUAAUUUAAACACAAAUAAUAACACUAAUAUUUUAACAUGAAUGUGUAGUGAAAGAUAAAUACUUACUGAGCCAAUAACGGCGUGAUCACAGAGCUCUUGACCAUUCAUAUGACUUUUACCUCAAUAUAUGAGAAGUUUUGUGACCAAUCACCUCUCAGCACCUGUGACAUCAUACAGUAACAGGUGUUUGUGUGAUCCAGAGCGAAUAACACGGGCCAGAUGUACACGUUGUGUUUGUUCAUAUUUGAUCAUUUAUAUGACUCGUUGUAUUUAAGUGUGAUUAUGAGACAGGCUGUUGUUUAAAAGCUUUAUUUUGACAGGACUCAAAUGCCAUAGACUUCAUUUUAAAGACAAACCACACAGACACAUAUGUAAGAACUUCAUGACAUCACAGUACACUGAUUCAUACAGUCUGUCUUUGAAUAACCUUUGACCUGUGAAUCAUUAGAGUCCUUUAAAUGUGGCUGUUUGUUUCAUUACAUUAGAUUUAACUUGAUGGUGCUGUCAGUAGUUUUAUCGUAGUCAGAGUUUUUAUUAUAACAUGCGUUUCAGUGUGUGGACAUGAUGAGUAGUUUAGAUUUAGUUUUUAGGUACAGUACACAUUAUUAAAGUCCCUGUAAAGUCAAUCUUGAAAAAUGUUUCUGCACACAUUAUAAAUGUUCGACAUGUACUGCUGAAACACCACACAAAGACUGUAAACUAUGCAAAACUAUUAUUUCUGUGUUCAGGAUUAUUUGAGCGGAGCUAAAACAGUGACUCAAUGACACAAUGGAGCCCCCGCGCAUGGCCCCACCAAUCGUGAUCAUCCAUCAGGUUGUAUCUGAAAGUUAAGAUAGAUGGCAGCUUUUCAGCGAGUGGGUGUGGUUUUGUGCUGACAGUGGACACGCCCCCAAUGUUUGAGAGCAGGGAAUACUGACAGUUUUUCCAAGAUUUUGAUCACUUAUUUGUGGUGAUUUUUAAUUUGGCUGGGUGCUUAAUAAUGCAUUUUUUAAUAAUGUUGUGACAAACGCAGAAAACAUUUAAUAUUUGACCUUACAGGGACUUUAAAAUGACAUCCAAUCCAGAUGUAAUGAAAGUAUAUUUGGUGUGGUUCGUCUGUAUGAUCACACACAGUAUUUGAAUAUCUUAUGAAGAGUUUCACAGCUCUUAAUGAAAGAUUGACAGCUCAAAGUUUUCCUCAUGGUUUGUAGUUUAAAGCAAAUAGUUUAUUAAUGAAGGAAUUUAUGCUAAUAAAAUUAUUAUGACAUUUUGUUAAAUUAAAAGCACUUGAUUGUUUGACACAAAUAUUUACAGUAUUGUUUAUGACAUCAUUCACUCGUAUUCAGAUGUUAUUUUAUCUGUACUGAUAUAUAAACAUAAUGAAGUUCAGAUUUA